UAUAAAUGUACCUUAAGUACAUAAAUACUUGAAAAAUUGCUAAUAACUAAACGCAUUUAGUUAAAUUCACAGCCUUUUUUCUUUAGGAUAUUUUAAAUUGUUGGCUAAUAGCCUUGACAAAUUCACUUAGAAGUCUGAGACACUUUUACGUAAGAAUGACGACUAGAAUGAUGUGUGUUUGUUUUGAUGUAUUUUUUUCAAGACCGACCGAGUCAGCCUAGACUAACAUGUUCUAUUGAAAAUAUUCCAGAUACAGAGAGAAAGAGAGAGAGAGCCUAAGAGAUUUGUUAUCGAUGUCUUCAGGGAAUCAAAGGAGAAAAGCCACGUUGGCGCAAUUAGAAAUUCUCGCGAACGUCGAGGUGCGUUUCUCAUUGCGAUUGUGGGCGAUAAGAAUCUGCUCCAAUCGGAUAAGACAUGAGGAAGUGUGAUAAGGACAGUUUUGACGAAUCAUUCAUCCGUCAUAGAUAUAUAACUACUGCGUUUAACCGUAGGUCGUAGGAAUGCGGACAACGUAACACCGGGGCCGUUAUCUUUGGUCGGGUUCGCCGGAUAUCGGACCCGGGGCCGCGGAGACUCGAAUGUUGCAUAUUGGAUUAAGUGGCGGCGGCCUUGUAAACCGCUACUCGCGAUUAAUCGCUUCAAGCCAUUCCCCGACUAGGCGUUUAUCGAUGAUGCACCUGACGGGAAAGAGAAGCUCUCUCGUGGUCUCACUUUGGUGAUACGUGACGCAAUGCCGAUAAACGAGGAAAAAGAGAAAAGAAAAACGAUUGCUGUCAUCGUGAACUUCGACACGUAAUCGGGGAUAACCGUCCUGCCUCUUUUGAAACGCAUCCGUGGAUGCGUCUGCGAUAUUUCGUGAUUUAUUGCAGUUGCGCGUCACUCAAGACGGCUCGUAUCUCUAUUACGACGACUGUCUUUCAUCGAGUAUCGAAAUGCGGACGUCGUAUUGAUCAAGGCUGAUUUGAGAGAUCGGAUUUGUAAAGAUCGACUCUAGCCAUCAGACGGACCGACGAUUCCGUGCCACUGUCAAUUACUUAAUCUACUGGUCAUUCGGUUCCCCACCCGCGCGCGGCCGUUCAAAUCGCCGAGGCGCGAGUAGCUCCGUUGGUACAUAGGCGCUCGAUGGAUGCUAGAGAACGCGCGAGGCGGAUUCAACGCUAUCUAGUGGUAGGUAGCGCGCUAAUAGACGAGCGGUCAGCGAACGAGAGGAUAAGGAAAAAACACACAAAAAAGUGAGAGACCGUGUAAACCAAAACUCCGCGACAGGACAAGAGGGCAGGCGAAAGGAGGAGUUGAUACGGAGAGAUUACGCUUCGCCGGGAUCCGCGCCGGAAUAUCUAGGCGAUGUGUUGAUGAGUCACCUCUUUCACGACGGUGCUCCGUUUUCGUCGUGGACGCGAGGUCGGCGAGACGUUUGAAGCCAUCGGCUGACAAUGUGAUUGCAUCAUAAUGACAUUCAGCAUAUAAAUGUUGCCUAAGGAGGAAACAAAAAUCAGCAACAUGACUGAAGGAACUGAAACUCAACCAAAUGCGGGAAAUGAGCCCCAGACUGAAGCCUUAGAACCAAGGGCAAUGCACAGUGAUGGAUUAUAUGAGGGAACAGUGGAAUCAACAUCGCAGGCUGUUUUUGAACCUAUGCAAGAGCUUCUUACAGUUCAUGGAGCUACACAGGGAGAGAGCAGUGAUGCUGUCAGUAUUUAUACUGCCAGUACCUCUGUCUCUGGUAAUGAGUCAAGUUCAAGUAGAGUCAGUGCGAUAACUGUGGUGUUGCCCUGGGGUGCUCAAAAAGAAACAGUCAAGCCUCAACAGAUAGGUGAUAUGGACCUAAGACCAGGAGAAUACGUAAUGCGUAUUCUCUUUACAGAAUUCACUUCGCAUGCGGAGAAAAAAAUGGAGGCUGUUAUGACGGAACAUGAAAAACAACUGUCAAAAGUAUUACAAAGAGGAGAAGAUCCACAAUUUGAUCAAUUGUUAUCAGCUUUUGGUUCCGUUGCCGAACAUUGUUUACCAUCAAUAUUGAAAGCCCUUUUUAAUUGGUACGAACGUCAGCUUAUUGAUCAAGGUGGUGAUCAAAAGAAACCUGCUCCUGGAAAGGAAGAUCAAAAAGGGAAAAGUAUUAUGUAUACAAUAGUAUCAGGAAGUGUAGAAACAGUGGAAAGAAGCGAAGCGGAUCUUUUACAAGAGCGUAGAGAUCUUGCUGUCGAAUUUAUAUUUUGUUUAAUGCUGAUCGAGGUUUUACGUCAAUUACCAUUUCAUCCUGGACACGAGGAUUUAGUGACAUAUAUAGAAAAUAUUGCCUUUAAACAUUUUAAAUAUAGAGAAGGUAUACAAAAUGAACCGAAUGCAGCUAAUAUUCACAUUAUUGCUGAUCUCUAUGCUGAAGUAAUAGGAGUUUUGGCGCAGUCCAGGUUUAUGUCAGUGAGAAAACGAUUUAUGGUAGAACUAAAAGAAUUACGAGCUAAAGAGCCAGGUCCUCAUACUACGCAGAGUAUUAUUUCCUUAUUAAUGGGAAUGAAAUUUUUCCGAGUUAAAAUGGUACCAAUAGAAGAAUUUGAGGCAUCAUUUCAAUUUAUGCAGGAGUGUGCUCAAUAUUUCUUAGAAGUGAAAGACAAAGAUGUUAAGCAUGCUUUAGCUGGUCUUUUUGUUGAAAUACUCGUCCCUGUUGCUGCUGCUGUGAAAAACGAAGUGAAUGUACCGUGUCUGAAAAAUUUUGUAGAAAUGUUGUAUUCAACAACACUGGACAUGUGUACAAAGUCUAAACAUAGACUGGCGCUCUUCCCAUUAGUAACCUGCUUGCUUUGUGUUAGCCAGAAGACAUUCUUUUUACAAAACUGGCAUUAUUUUCUAGCUAUGUGUCUGUCCCAUUUGAAAAAUCGCGAUCCAAAGAUGUGUCGAGUUGCAUUAGAGGCUUUAUACCGUUUGCUUUGGGUUUACAUGAUACGAAUUAAAUGCGAAAGCAAUUCAGCUACGCAGAGUAGAUUGCAGAGCAUAGUGAAUUCUUUGUUUCCUAAGGGAUCAAAGGCGGUAGUGCCGCGGGAUACGCCAUUGAACAUUUUUGUAAAAAUUAUUCAAUUUAUCGCGCAAGAGAGACUGGACUUUGCGAUGCGCGAGAUAGUGUUUGAUUUACUGUCUGUUGGUCGACCGGUAAAAAUAAUUUUAACUCCCGAACGCAUGAGUAUUGGACUCCGAGCAUUCCUUGUUGUAGCCGACAGCCUGCAACAGAAGGAGGGCGAACCACCUAUGCCACGCACUAUGGGAGUUUUGCCAAGUGGUAACACCAUGCGUGUCAAAAAGACAUAUUUGAACAAAAUGCUAACGGAGGACACUGCGCGAAGCAUAGGAAUGUCUUCAUAUUUCCCACACGUGCGUCGGGUAUUCGUGGAUAUUCUACGCGCGUUAGACGUUCACUACGGCAGACCUCUCAUGAUGACCAGUACUCAGAAUAUGAACAAGGAGCCGGACGAGAUGAUCACUGGUGAACGCAAGCCUCGAAUAGAUCUCUUUCGGACUUGCGUCGCGGCCGUUCCGCGAUUGAUUCCCGAUGGAAUGACCGGUGCGGAAUUGGUCGACUUGUUGGCUCGUUUGACAGUACACAUGGACGAGGAACUGCGUGCGUUGGCAUAUCAAAGCUUGCAGACACUGGUAUUAGAUUUUCCUGAUUGGCGACAGGACGUUGUGCUUGGGUUUACGCAGUUUCUAGCCAGGGAUGUGCAAGAUACAUUUCCGCAGCUAAUUGAUAACGGUCUAAGAAUGCUGCUACAAUUGUUGACUAGUUGGAAGAAUGCCCUGACGAGUCCUAGCAUAAGAGCUAAGGAACAAGCGGUUGAUACUACACGAGUGAAUAUACGAGUGGACGUUAGUCUCAAGAAAUGCGAAACGGGCCAGAAAGUAGAACCUGUAUCGAACAUAUUUUAUCUGGUGGAGGGAUUUGCACUGGUUAUGCUUUGCAAUUGUCGCCUUUAUCCUCGACGAUUAGCUGUUCACAUACUUCGGGAAAUUAAGCUUUUACUGAAAACUUUAGGAGGACCUGAAGAUGAUCAACCAGUUAUUGAUGUGAUCGAUGCUUGCUGUCCCGCCGUGUUAGAAAAAUGUUAUCCUAUGUUACCGCCAGCUGAAAAAGCAGCCGCUGCCUCUACAUCUAACGUGGAUUUGCAAUGGAUAGCCGAUAGAAGUAGUUGUGUUUGGACAGCUGGAUUUCACGAUGAAAAUAGUACCAAGAGUUCUUCCUCGCUUAAUUUAAAUGGGGUUGAUCCAUGGGCCAGUUGUUUAUUUGCUUUCCUAGAAAAAGACAGAGUACUCACGCUGUGUCCAAACGCCGUUGCUCAUUCUUGGCCUAUUGUCUUCACUCGUAUAAACUCUUUGUUCUCAGUAGUGGAUCCCACGCCGGUAAAUGACAAUCGAGCCUCGUUAUUACGUAGUUCAACUACAGUGAGAAAACCAGUAAACGAGAGAGAUGUCUACAUGCAUAUUUGGAAAAAUUAUCUGACCUUUGGCUACAGAGUUGUACCACCAGUGCCGAAUCCAGUUGUUCGAUGCGCCAGUCCGGAUCUUAGUCUCAGUGGUCAGCAUACGGUGGAGUUUGGUGUGUUGUGCAUGAGUAAGGAGUUGAGUCAGAGCCUGGAGAAUCUCGGUGGGGCGCAGACCCUGCCGGGUCGGUUUUCUGUACCGUCCAUUUCCGGCAUCUACACCCGGCACAAGCGUACCAGCUCCUCACCCGAUAGUUUAUCCGCGGAACGUGGCGACAACAAAUCACCGGGUACAAACGCAAGUCCUGCAGCUUUGUAUAAGCUGACCGUACCUUUGUUGAGAUGCGAGGCCGUCGAUGUCAGGGAUGCUGCGGUGCAGGCGAUCGGAAAAGUAAACGCCGAUGCUCUAAAAGACUUGAUGGAGGAACUGGUACUUUAUAUCCGGGAAGCGGUCGAUCGGAAACAAGAGAAUAUGAGACGGCGAAGAAGACGUGACGCUUUGAGACUGCAGCUAGUAAGAGUACUGGAAUUAAUCGCCGAGUAUGGAACGUUUGGUAUCUGCCCAGCGGUGUUAGAUCGCGAAACGCAAUCUUUACAUCCGACAUUCGUCGAGUACAUAGACGGUGCGCGAAUUUAUCUAGAAAAUGAAACCGACAAGGAAGCACCCGCUGUACGAGACAUCAAGUUACACUUCUGUAACUUCAUCAGGAAGAUGAUUAAGAGUUUUUCACUGGAGAUCUGCUAUACUUUGUUAAAGAGAGACUUAAGAAGAAAUCUAUUUAUGCUCUUCGCUAGUUGGGCCGGGGUUUACGGCAGGCCGCUUACAAGCACGUUGUCUAUGCAAGAGGAGGAAAAAUCUUGCACGGAAUUACAACUCUCAGCUCUGCAAGCUAUGAGUGGAUUACUCUGUUGCGGAUCAUGCUUCAAUCCACAAUCGCUUUCGGAAGAGGGUGCGAUUUUGUAUCAAUGGCUAGAUUUAUUAUUGGCCAGUAAAGACGAAAAGAUUUACACGCUUGCACGUGAAACUGUCGUGUUACUGCUCGAAGGAAACCCCGAUAUUGGUAUGCUUUUAGAUUGGGUAGUGGAUCGAUGUUAUACUGGCGCACCGCAAGUGGCCGAUGGCUGUUUUCUCGCAUUGGCAACGAUUUUCAGCGCCAGGGAGUAUCCUUGCGAUCAUUAUACGAGUGUUAUCAACGUAACAUUAAUGAAUACGGGAUGUCCACGUGCUCCGGUCCAUGAUGCAGCGCUUCAGCUUCUUCAACUAUUGGAUCAACGGUUCUUCGGAAACGUAGGUCCUCUUCCUGCUACGGAACUCGAAGCUGGACACAAUGAUCCUCUUGCAAGUUCUGCCGCCACCGUGACUUCCGGUCCUGGUCAACAAAGUAAUCCUGCAGGUGAGAUCUCCUCUGGUGGCACGAUUCGAGGUGGCACUCUGGACGUCCUCCUGUCGACUACUUAUUGCCGUAGCCAAAUGUAUCUUUCACGUCAACUGGCCCAAUUACAUCCGGAACUUACGAUGCCAAUGUUCAGUGAAAUUACACAUCGGUUUCAAACAGCUCGCAGAGAAGUUCGGCAAUUACUACUGCAAUAUUUAUUACCCUGGCUGCAUAACAUGGAACUUGUCGAUCCUAACGUGCCACCGCCAUCUAAUCCGUUGAGUUAUUAUCAGUAUUACACGAGCGAUGUAACACGUGGAGGCACACGUAGAGAAGGUUGGGGCAGCGCAGAAGCGACGGAGAUGGUGCUCAAUAAUCUCUUCUAUAUCACAGCGAAGUUCUCGGAUGAACAUCCUAAAGAGACAGAAGAGCUUUGGGCGACUCUGUGCGGUUGUUGGCCAAACAAUCUUAAAGUGAUAAUUCGCUACUUGAUUAUCGUCUCAGGAAUGGCACCUCAGGAAUUGUUACCAUAUGCAAAACGUGUAGUACUGUAUUUGGCGCGGGCUCGUCCGGAUCGUCUUGUCGAUGAAAUGAUGACAGAAUUGGAAACGGUUGAGACUCUGAAUUGCUUGAUCGAGCGGACGGAAACGCCGCCCUUCUAUCGGCUCACCAGCAUGAGAAAAGCUUCGUCACAUAGCGACGCGCCCGCUGCUGAUCCUGCCAAUCCUCCCCGUGAUCUCGGCGUUGAAAAGGGUACCAUCCAUACGAAAAGACACUCCGGCGAAGAUCCUGUCAAAACUGGCUCGAAAUCCGAUACCGCUCUUCGAGCACUCGCGGGGUUUCAAACUCCAAGGGCAGAAAAAACGAGGACUGCAAGCGGUCCGCCAGUUCUUCCAGACGAUCUAUCAACUCCGACGACGGAAGCUGAGUUAACUACCGACGAGUCAUGUUACGCCGCUCGCAACGGACCCGUUGGAGUGAACGGAAAGAUGCCGUGCGUUGACGAAAAGUUUGAUAUUCCUCAACCGCAUCCUUUGCCAAUGCCGGAAUACGGCGGGUAUUUCGCUCCUCUAACUGAAUACCUGCCGGAUAGCUCUCAACCGAUAAGUGGAUUUCACAGGUGCAACAUUGCCGUGAUGCUGCUUACUGAUGUGGUCAUCGACGGGAUCCAGCUCGACUGGGCCAUACAUGUUCCCUUGAUGCUGCACAUAGUCUUUCUUGGUCUGGAUCAUUCGAGACCAUUGGUGCGAGAUCAUUGUCGGUGCUUGCUAUUGAACUUGCUGGUCGUGCUCGGUGACCACCGUGAUCACCUCGGCGUGGCGCGCGUGCUGCUCGCUUCGAAAACGGAACAAUUGGGAUUGGGACUCUCCACUCCGACUCUGCCGGUGUUGGAGCAUAAUUUCACGGAGAUAGAUCCAGAGUUUGACAGCUAUCUGUACGGUCCACCUGCGGUUCCACCGCCUACAACGCCUCCACCGUCAUCCUCGCCACCUCCGCCUUCUUCGCCGCCGCCUCCGCCACCUCCUCCACCGCCACCGCCGCCACCACCUAUGCCUCCCGAUUCCUCAGCAUCUCCGCCGGCACCUCCGCCACCUCCGCCUCCGCCUCCUCCUCCACCAUUACCGUCUUCCUCGGUUACGGAUGGUACACCUACUCAUUCAUCUUUGUCAUCGACGUCAACCCCGCCAAUGUCGAUGAAUCACUCGAAUCACUCGACAAUAGAUGAUAAUAAAGAUUAUGGAAAUUCUCAUUAUGAACCAGCGGUGUGUAACAGCUGGCCGGCCUCAAGCGGAACGGCGACGAAUGCAGUGCCGCCUGUUAUUGUAACACCGGAAGACACGCAUAAUUGGACCGGUCCUCAGCCAGGUCCUAAUAUGCCGAUACAAGAUGUCAUUAAGUCUUUAAUUAAUUUUUUAGCGUCUAGGACAAAUCAACCGCUUUGGAAUUACGAGGAUAUGACUGCGAAGGUGUGGUGGGUGCGUAGCGCCGAACAACUCACAAUAUUAUUGCGACACGUGUUACGUGUCUUUAGAGACUCCUUGCCCCAUGCGUUAGUCAGUCAAAGAUGGGCACAAACAGCGCUGCAAUUAGGCCUUUCUUGCUCAUCCAGACAUUAUGCCGGCAGAUCUUUGCAAGUUUUUAGGGCGCUACGUGUUCCCAUAACAUCUAGAAUGCUGUCUGAUAUCUUGUCCAGACUGGUGGAGACAGUUGCUGAACAAGGCGAAGACAUGCAGGGAUAUGUAACAGAAUUGUUACUAACAUUGGAAGCGGCUGUCGAUUCGCUCGAGUCAGACUUCAGGCCGCUCGAUUUCAUGAAAGAGAUCUUUAAAUCGACGCCUAAUUUGAAUAACAAGGAUGCCGUAUCGGGAAAUGUGAUCGGAGGAAAGCGCAGUCCAGGAGGUGGAAACGGUUAUCCAGCUGGUCCUCACAUGUUCUCUCACUUGAAUCAAGGUGGACACACGAGGAGCACUAGUUAUUCAGUUAGUUACUGUAUGAAGAGGUCCAGCGGUGGGAAUUCCGCGACUAGCGAUAUGAAAGAACUGGAAAAUAGAACUGGCGGCAACAAGUAUCCUAACACGAAUCUGUCUAGAUCAAGAUCGGCGCAAUCUUUGAAGUUACUGGGUGACUCCGCCACGCAGGACGACAAAAUGACGAUACUAGCACAACUGUUCUGGUUAUCGGUAUCUCUACUUGAAUCGGAUUACGAGCAUGAGUUCCUCUUAGCGCUGCGGCUACUCAGUCGCGUGCUGCACAGAUUACCGCUCGAUCGACCGGACGCCCGGGACAAGGUUGAGAAACUGCAACAGCAAUUACGAUGGUCCUCGUUUCCCGGUGUACACGCGCUAUUAUUGAAAGGAUGCACCAGUCCGAAUACCUACGAACCAGUUGUUACAUUAUUGUCACAAUUUACGCCUCUGCUAGAUCUGCCAGUGGUCGAUCCCACGCAAAGUCUUGCGUUUCCGAUGAACGUUGUAUCGUUGCUGCCUUACAUGCUGCUAAAUUACGAAGACGCUAAUGAACUUUGUAUCAGAAGCGCUGAAAAUAUUGCGCAAGUGAGUGCAGAAAAGGGAAAAAAAUUAGAGAAUCUUGGUACAGUCAUGACAUUGUACAGCAGGCGUACUUUCAGCAAGGAAAGCUUUCAGUGGACUAAGUGCGUAGUGAAAUAUCUUUACGAUUCCUAUGCUCAUCUUAGUUUCAAUAUGCUUGCUUUCCUUGUCGAAGUACUAGAGAAAGGUCCGAGCAGCGUGGCAUUGCCGGUACUUAGUAUUAUACAUUGCAUGUUACAUUAUGUGGAUUUGGCGUCUCCAGCUGCACAACCCAUCAAUACCGAACUGUUGAGAGUGAUCUCUAAAUAUGUCGAGGGCACUCAGUGGAAAGAAGCACUGAAAAUCUUGAAGCUUGUAGUGACAAGAUCGUCGACACUCGUAGCGCCACCAACUUCGAUGCAUGGUUCAUCUUGGGAUUCUUCGCUAUCAUCACCGCAUCCUAGCUUCACCGAUACGGAAAUAUUUACAAAGAAAGAGCUACCAGGAAGAACGAUGGACUUCACGUUUGAUCUAUCUCAAACACCAGUAAUCGGUCGACGUUGGCUGAUACGUCAAGGUACUGAGGAAAAAUUAAUCAGUUCUCCACGUUGCUCGUUAUCUUUAUCGCCAGCUGAUAAUAAUGCUAUUGCCGGAUGGAAGAGGCCUUGGAUGUCGCAGGGCCGUGUCAGAGAGUGCUUGGUAAAUCUAUUGACGACAUGUGGACAAAGAGUUGGUUUACCAAAGAGCCCAUCGGAUGAGCACAUUAGUUCAAUGACAUUAUAUAGCAAGGUCAUAUUUAGUCAAAGUUCGGACUUGAUGGAAAGACAAUCAUCCAUGGCUUCCUCAACGGAAGAAGUUUCCGGUGCAAAUAACGAUUUGAGCGGAGGAUCUAGACGAGAUGAUGAGCAGUUUGGCGUAUUUAAGGACUUCGAUUUCCUUGAAUAUGAAAGCGAAAGCGUCGAGGGUGAAAGUACGGACAACUUUAAUUGGGGAGUUCGACGUCGUCCUCUUAGUGAAGGAGAAGAACGAGAACCCAGUUUGCGACAGUUCGAGGAAAGUUUAAGUGAAAAGACGCCAUCAUCCAGUAAACUCACAACACGGGAUACACAGCGCGGUGUCACUGAAGAAUCGUCGGAUGACGAGGCAGGGUCAGAAUCACCUUUGGAUGAAGUACCAGGAGGAUCUGGAACGGGGCAGGAGGCGAAUAGCAUUCCAGGGAUGUUCCCACCGUCUUCUCUGUCGUUAAUACCUAGUCGCACGCGUCACGAUUCAUCCACAAGGUCUGACACAUCCGGGUCGAGUGCAGGAGAUCUCGGAGAUGUGACACCUUGUAACGCAUCACCCAACUUGUCCGCGUUGAUGCCAUUCCGACAAGUCGUACGAGAUGAUGCCGAGGAGAUUUGGAGACAACAAAUUCAAAGUCUUAUCACUCAAGCUCCAUACAACACUUUGAGCUUCUUCCAAUUGCUGAGCAAGAUCUUGAGGGAUGUGAGCAGUAAAUCUGUCGGUCUUACACGCGAAGCAAGUGCCUUGCUUUGUAAUGGCAGCUCAGCUUCAGCUCACUUAGGUUGUCAUUUAUCUGGUCAUGCCGAGCUACUUAGCUCAAAAGCUGAGCCGCCUCUGGUGUGGUUCUCAGUGACGAUAUUCGCAAAUCAGCGAUUAAACGAGACGCUACGCUUUGGAAUGUUGGAGGUACAAGAACAUCUGGAGACAUUUUUGGAUAGGAAAGAUCAUGCUACGGAAUGUUUGGAGGCAGCUAAAGCAACCGCUAAGCUUCAGGCAUUAGGCGGUAGUCACACCACUGAAGCAGGCGUCGAAGAAAUGCUAUUAGACCUAGGCAGAGCACUCUACAAGUUGCAUUUCCAGUUGCUUUUAUUGAUCGAAGCAUCUAACAAAAUGCUAGGAGCGCUAAUGAACGCCGCUAGAAAUGUACAAAUUUCUUUGCAAGAUCUGUCCGUUGAGAUCGCCAAUAUGAAGAUAGCAUUGAGCAGAGCGCUCGAAGAAAGCACCGAGAGCGAACGAGGAACACCCACUCCGACCCCUAGUCCUAGUCCUCUGCCGGGCACCGGAGCCGUAGAAGAAGUCGCCAGAGUUGCCGAACUUCUAAGAAACGCACGAUGGUGUCCGGCACUCGAAGCCGUGAGACUUCACAGAGCACAAUGGCCCGGAGACCCUUUUCACGAUGACGACGAUGUAACGACUGCCGUUAAUAUGUACUGCAAAUACAUAGGUCAAGAUAGAUCGGAUAUAUUUGUAGUGACAAGGAAAGAUGACGAGAUGUCAGAAAUAUUUGGCAGAUUAAUGGAAAGUCUGUUUGAAGUGCUAGCGGCUGUGACAGGAUUGGAAGCGUCUACGAAGGCUGCGCGCAAUCAGCACGACUCUAACCACGUGAAAAACGAUUGUUAAUAUAAGCUUUAACCAUAUAGUAUUUCGAAUCGUAUAGAUUUAAGUUGCCGCAUAUAUACAUAUUUAAUUGUCGUACGUACGUAGAAGUCUUGUAUACGAUGGUAGGUAAGUGUAUAUACCUAUAUCCUAUAUCACAAAAAAAAAAUCCUUAGAUCCGUUAUUCUUUUUUUUUUUAAUGCGAAUAACGUAAUGAAUUGAUAUCGAUUGUAAAUUUGGCGAAAUAAAUUAUCGAAAUCUC